AGAAUUUUAGAGGCUUUUAAGUAUGAAGAGCGCCGUCAGAAUAUCUGCAUUGCUGUGGGCUGAUAUAUUGGUGCUCUAUGCCUUGUUUGAGAUGCAAGACUAUCUCACUCAAGUUUGGGGGCUAAGUUACACCCAUGCUGCUGGAAUCCUCAACGUCUGGAAUGGGAUCUCUUUGCUUCUCCAACCUCUCUUCCUCUAUGCCGUCUGCACCUUUCUCGGAAACUUCCGCAUGCUCGUGCUCUCCAGCUCAUCCUACACUCUGGGAAUCUGGUUAGUGUUCAUGUCAGCUCCUCCGGUUCUUGCCAAAUCAACGGGCACGUGCAAUCAAUACAAGCAGGAAUGCAUAAGCAACACACAAAAGGCUCUCCUCUACACGGGGAUGGCAUUGAUAGCUGUCGGAGUAGCUGGCAACAACGUGUCUGUGGAAUCAUUUCUCAAUGAACAAACCGACAAAUCUAGUGAUGUGGCCAUAGGUUGUUUGAGGGUAUCAGGUGUGGCGAUGGUGGCUAUUGUAGGCUUAGCAGGAGCCAUCGCGCUCCCUUACAUAAAGCCAUGGACCUACCGGUUUGGAAUCCCAGCAGUCUGCACUACUAUUGCUGGCAUAUCCUUUCUCACCGGUUUACGUUGGUUCCCAUUCGAAUGCGAUGGGACAACAAGGGACCGGAUAGAAAACAUGGCAAGCAUGUUCUCCCUCCGUAUGUUACCAAUGUGGUUGACCUUCUUGGUGUGUGGGAUCAUCUCCUCAAUCGGCAACACGUACUUUGUGGAGCAAGCAAAGCACCUGGACCGACACCUAGGAUCAUGGGAGGUUCCUACUCAGGUACUGCUGCUGGCUCAGACUUGGCUAGGCAAGUUGCUGGCAUCGUUGGCAAGUUACAAAGGACACAGGGUUGUAAAGGCUAAGAUAUUGGGGGUUCUAUGUUGUAUAGCGGCUGCAGGAAUGGAGAGAAAGAGACUUGGGGUUGUUAGGAGCAACGGGUUGCUGGAUAAACCGGAGGAAGAUGUCCCAAUGAGCGUGUAUUGGUUGUUGUUCCAGUUCGUGCUGCUAGGAGGCGCUGGGACUUUGUUAGAGAAUAGUGUGGCGGAGUCUAAUGAAGAAGGCACAAGCAAAGAAGGCACAGGCAGUAAAACUAAACCGAAGGAGUUGAAUAGACGGUUGAGUGAGAUCUUUAGCAAGGAGGUAUCCGGGCGGGAGAAAGGGUGCCUCGAGAUAUUUAGCAAGGGGGUGUCUGGGCUGGGGUUCAUGUGUGGUGUGCUCUUGGUUUUUGUUGUGGGGAAACUAACCAGCUGGUUCCACUUCACCUUGAACAGAAGUCAUCUAGACAACUAUUAUUGGCUACUCACGGUUUUGAGUGCAACCAGUUUUGUUCUAUACGCCGUUGUGCGCUCCUAUGUGGGCCGCGGGCCCCAGUGACAUCAUCUGUUUAAUUUGUGUAUUAUACUAUUAUGUCUCACUUGUUUCAAAAGGUGCGAAUUUAAUCUUUUUUGUAAAAUCUCUUUGGGGAAGUAGGGGGAUGAUCGUUUUAUUAUAGCUGAGUGUUUUUUUUACCUCAUAUCAAUUUUAUUAAUGAAUUUAAUAAAAAUCUGUCAUGGUAUCUAAUUUUGCUCUC